AUGUCGGCGUUUACGCGCACCCUGGCGCCAUUCUUGCGCGCCUCUCGCCACUCCCUCAGAUCCGGCAGCAUCGCCAACCCGUUACAAUUUGCUGUGCGACAGCAAAAUGUAGCCGCAGCCCUCAACAUCACCCGUUCAUACGCAGCCGUCUUCGAGAGGACGAAGCCUCACGUAAACGUUGGUACUAUUGGUCAUGUCGAUCACGGCAAGACUACCUUAUCUGCUGCUAUCACGAAGAGACAGGCUGAGAAGGGAUUGGCAAACUUCCUAGAAUAUGGCGCUAUUGACAAGGCGCCAGAGGAGAGGAAGCGUGGUAUUACCAUUUCUACUGCACACAUCGAAUACUCGACGGAUAACCGACAUUACUCUCACGUCGACUGUCCCGGUCACGCCGAUUACAUCAAGAACAUGAUUACUGGUGCCGCCAACAUGGACGGUGCUAUCAUUGUCGUAGCUGCUUCCGAUGGUCAAAUGCCCCAGACCAGAGAACAUCUUCUUCUCGCCCGUCAGGUUGGUGUCCAGAAGAUCGUCGUCUUCGUCAACAAGGUCGAUGCCAUUGAGGACCCCGAGAUGUUGGAACUGGUCGAGAUGGAGAUGCGUGAGCUGCUCACCCACUACGGCUUCGAAGGCGAUGAGACCCCUGUCAUUAUGGGUUCUGCCCUGAUGGCCAUGGAAGGCAAGCGACCCGAAAUCGGUGUCGAGAAGAUCGAUGAGCUCCUAAAGGCCGUCGACGAGUGGAUCCCUACCCCCCAGCGUGACCUCGACAAGCCCUUCCUGAUGUCCGUCGAGGACGUCUUCUCCAUUGCCGGACGUGGAACUGUCGCCUCCGGCCGUGUUGAGCGAGGUAUCCUGAAGAGGGAUGCUGAAGUUGAGCUGAUCGGCAAGGGUUCCGAGAUCAUUAAGACCAAGGUUACCGAUAUCGAGACCUUCAAGAAGUCCUGCGAGGAAUCCCGAGCUGGUGACAACUCCGGUCUGCUCCUGCGAGGUAUCCGACGAGAGGAUAUCAAGCGAGGUAUGGUUAUCGUCAAGCCCGGCACCGUCAAGGCCCACACCAAGUUCAUGGUCUCCCUAUACGUCCUGACAAAGGAGGAGGGUGGCCGACACACCCCCUUCGUCGAGAACUACCGACCCCAGAUGUACCUACGAACUGCCGACGAGGCUGUGGCCCUUCACUUCCCCGAGGAUGCUGAGGACAGGUCCAGGGCCGUCAUGCCCGGUGACAACGUCGAGAUGGUUGCUACUCUACACCACCCCAUCGCCAUCGAGGUCGGUCAGCAAGUCAACGUCCGCGAAGGUGGCCGAACCGUCGCAACCGGCAUUAUUACACGAAUCAUUCAAUAA